GCGCGCUUCCUCGCGCACGCGCGCAAGGAGGGGGUGACGGCCGCGGUGACGCUACUGCGGCGGGAGGGUGGUGGCGCGUGAGGGGCGCGAUUCCCCGCGUCUUGGGAGCAAUACCCCAGCUCCCAUCGCUCCCACCGCCGCCAUGUCGGGCAGGUCAGUCCGGGCCGAGACCCGCAGCCGAGCCAAGGACGACAUCAAGAAGGUGAUGGCGGCCAUCGAGAAAGUGCGGAAAUGGGAGAAAAAGUGGGUGACUGUGGGUGACACAUCCCUUAGGAUAUUUAAGUGGGUUCCUGUGACAGACAGCAAGGAGAAAGAAAAGUCAAAAGCGAACGGUUCAGCAGCCCGGGAACCUAAUGGCUUUCCCUCUGAUGCCUCAGCCAAUUCCUCUCUCCUUCUUGAAUUCCAGGAUGAAAACAGCAACCAGAGUUCUGUGUCUGAUGUCUAUCAACUCAAGGUGGACAGCAGCACUAACUCAAGCCCCAGCCCCCAGCAGAGCGAGUCCCUGAGCCCGGCACACACCUCUGACUUCCGCACCGAUGAUUCUCAGCCUCCUACUCUGGGCCAGGAGAUCCUCGAGGAGCCCUCCCUGCCCGCCUCGGAAGUGGCUGAUGAACCUCCCACCCUCACGAAGGAAGAACCAGUUCCACUGGAGACACAGAUUGCUGAGGAAGAGGACGACUCGAGUGCCCCACCCCUAAAACGCUUCUGUGUGGACCAACCUGCAGUGCCGCAGACAGCAUCAGAAAGCUAGCACUGUCAUGGCACCCUUCACCUCCUGGCCCCUUGCCUCUAUUUAUUGCAUUCUGGUUCUGGCCGUGCUGUGUUGCUGGGAUAAAGGCAAGCACUGGGGCCCAGAGCCUGCCCAUAGGAGCCUUCUAGACUGGAAGGCUGACAUAGGACUUGGGGUUUUAGCAUCAUCUUCCCAUUCCUGGCACCUGUGUCUGCUUGCUCCUGAGGAGUGCUCAUGUCCUUUCUGUACCCCAAGUAGGCUGGAGCAUCAGCCAUCCCAAGGUUCAUCUGUCACCUCCAGAUAGCAGUCUCUGCUCCAGAACCUCUGGACUGAGCUGCUGGCGCUUCUAGAAGAGGAGAGAUGUGGAAGGCACCCUUUAGAGAAGAGUGUCAAGAGUUACUUGAAUUUGAAUAGCGACUGUUGAUUCCUGAACUUGCCCAUAGGGCAAGGCGCCCUGUAGGCGGCUAUUGGAGAAUGCCUGGGUAGGGACUUUGAAGGGAAAGGGCUUUUCUCCACAAAAGGGCAGAAAAGUCCAUAUAGAUUUCUCGCUGCCCUGGCACUUCUGCCCAUUCCUGAGGUUUUCCUGCCUCUCGUGGGCUGUCUAGCUGCUGACAGUUCUUUGUCCCCCACCAUAACCAUGCCCUUCCCCAAACACACAUACACGUGCAGCUUUCUGUUUUCACCUGUACAUUUCAUUCCAGCGUUCUCUGCCUCCGGCCGCAGUCCCCAGCUCUCACGCCACAAACUGCCCCAGCAAGAAUAUGAAGUCUGACGACAGUACUCAUCCCCCACAGUAUCCCUGCAGCUCAGACUUUCUAGAAAGAUUCCUUUUCUUUGAAAUCUGCAUGUUAAAUUGAACUUUGUGAUUUUAUUUUUUGUUUCAUAAAAGUUUAAGAAAUGGAAAUGGGCAACAGUGAGUGAAGACAUAUUUUAGCACUGAAUAGAUUAUUUUUAAAAAUUAAACUAUUUGAAAUAUGU